AUGGAUCGGCUCAAUGGUUCUGCCAAUCUAAUGAUAGUUUCAGAUCUUGAUUACACAAUGGUAGACCAUGAUGAUCCAGAAAACCUUGCUCUUCUUAGGUUUAAUGCAUUAUGGGAAGGUUAUUAUCGGCAUAAUUCUCUACUAGUUUUCUCCACGGGGAGAUCGCCUACUAUAUACGGAGAGUUGAGAAAGCAGAAACCUUUGUUGACUCCCGAUAUAACGAUAAUGUCUGUGGGAACUGAGAUUACAUACGGGGAAUCUAUGGUGCUCGAUGAAGGGUGGAAACGGUAUUUGGAUCAUAAAUGGAACAGGGACAUUGUUGUCGAGGAAUCAGCCAAGUUUCCUGAGCUUGUUAGUCAAUCAGAAACAGAGCAACGACCUCACAAAGUUAGCUUCUAUUUGGAGAAAGGGAAGGCAUCAGAAGUCAUGCAAGCUCUCUCAAAAGAUUUAGAAAAACGUGGGUUAGAUGUGAAAAUAAUUUAUAGCAAUGGUGUUGCUUUGGAUAUAUUACCUCAAGCUGCUGGCAAAGGACGGGCCCUUGCUUUUCUGCUUGAGAAAUUAAAAGCCAAUGGACUAGGACCACUCAACACUCUUGUUUGUGGUGAUUCUGGAAAUGACGCUGAACUGUUUGGUGUACCUGAUGUAUAUGGUGUCAUGGUCAGUAAUGCGCAAGAAGAAUUGGUUGAAUGGUAUGCAGAAAAUGCAAAGGACAAUGCACAAAUAAUUCAUGCCACGGAGAGAUGUGCAGCUGGUAUUGUGCAAGCUAUUGGUAACUUCACUCUUGGUCCAAAUGUUCCUCCAAGAGAUAUUAGAGACUCAUUGUUAAACAUGAAAAUUCUUAGUCCUGGUCAUGAAGUAGUGAUGUUCUACCUAUUUUAUGAGAGAUGGAUGCGUGGAGAAAUUGAGAAUUCUGAGCAGUAUAUACAAAAUCUAAAAUCAAUAUUUCAUUCUACUGGAAAUUUUGUCCAUCCCUCAGGAGUUGACCGACCUAUGCAACAAAUUAUAGAUACUUUACCAAAGGUGUUUGGUGAGAAGCAGGGCCUAGGCUUUCGGGUUUGGAUUGAUCGUGUAUCUUUUGCAGAGGUUAGUUUGGGCUCAUGGAUGGUCAAAUUCGACAAGUGGGAGUUAUCUGGGAAUGAGUUAAGGGGUUGUUUAACAAAGGUUUUGAUGAAUUCAAAGGUUGAUACACCAAAUGAGUUUACAUGGAUGCACAUACAUCAGACAUGGUUGGAUGGCUCAAAAGGAAAGGAUGAUACACCUUGGUUUAUGUAG